CCCGAAUAUUUAAGAAAGCCAGAGCAGAGGAGAGGAGCGGAGCGGAGGUGAACCCAACCACAACCAGCAAAGCAUAUACAUAUACAAUACAGCCAGCCAGCCAGCCGUGUUUCUCUGUCAGACAGAGAUUAGAUUUCAUUCCCUACUCCUCCGCUUCGGAUCCCAUCUCACCUCCUGCCUUUCCUAGGGUUUCGGAUUUCCCCCAUUGAUUAUUAUACGCCUCUUCUCUACUACCACUCCGUCGCCGCCUGCAUCACAUUCACAGGUAUGAAUUGAGGUUCCUUCUGUUUCGCGUUCGUGAAACACCGUCUUGUCUUUUUCUUUCUUAGAUUUGUCGUCUCAAUUCAACUUCUUUCCACCCUUCUUUUGUUCCCUUUCUUGUCGGAAUUCGUUCAACUUCUUGAAAGAAUUGGCCACCUUCCCACCAUAGAUAGGAUAUUACUCAGAGUACUGAGUCUUCUGCUUGUUGGAUUCCCGUAUUCUGAUUCGGCCUUCUCGUUCGAGCGAUUCGUAUCCGAUGUUUGGUAUUGGAUUGGUGUUGGAUUCGUUUUUCUUGCGCUGUUUGCUUUCCGUCAUGUAUUGAUGCUUUCCGUUCGCUUCUUUUGUCUACUUAUCAGGGGGGAUUGAAUUGUCGCGAGCAAAACAAAAGACCAAGGGAAUGCUGAAAGAUGUGGUUGAAACCCGAAAUCCUUGUCUCUGAUUUCAACACCACUGCAGCUCCAUUCGACUGCAACGAGGAACCCUCGCAGUUUAUACCUCGCUUCCCUUUCCUAUUCUAUGCCUCAAUGCCAACCUUCAGAUUCACAGGACCCAGAAUCCUGCCAAACUGCCAUGAUCUCAGCGAAGAUGGUUGAGCUUUGAAUUCCUUCCCCUCCAUCCCCGGCCGGGUGCACCUUUCUCAAUAUCCCACUACCGAGGAGCAACCAUGGAGCAAAAGGAGUAUGUGUUGAUGAACAAGUACGAGAUUGGCAGGAUGUUAGGGCAAGGUACCUUCGCCAAGGUCCACUACGCCAGGAAUCUCCAAACGGCCGCCACAGUGGCCAUCAAGAUCAUAGACAAGGAGAGGGUGUUGAGAGCCAGCGGCAUGAUGGAGCAGAUCAAGCGUGAGAUCUCUGUCAUGAAAAUGAUCCGCCAUCCGAAUGUUGUGGAGCUGUACGAAGUGUUGGCCACCAAGACCAAAAUCUACUUCGUUAUGGAAUAUGUGAAAGGCGGUGAGCUCUUUGACAAAGUAGCCAAAGGAAAGCUCAACGAAGAUGACGCCAGAAAAUACUUCCGGCAGCUCAUCAGUGCAGUAGAUUACUGCCACAGUCGAGGGGUCAGCCACCGUGACUUGAAGCCUGAGAAUCUGCUUUUGGACGAGGAUGGGAAUCUUAAAGUCUCCGACUUUGGUCUCAGUGCUCUUGCUGAGUCCAAGAGACAAGAUGGGCUACUCCAUACAACUUGUGGGACUCCGGCUUAUGUUGCUCCAGAAGUGAUUAUGAAAAAAGGCUACGAUGGUUCCAAAGCUGAUAUCUGGUCUUGUGGAGUCAUUUUAUAUGUUCUAUUGGCUGGAUAUCUCCCAUUCCAUGAUUCUAAUAUCAUGGAGUUGUAUCGGAAGAUUGCCAAGGGGGAGUUCAAAAAGUUCCCUAGCUGGGUUACCUCGGAGGUCCGCAAGCUCCUUUCCAAGAUUCUUGAUCCUAAUCCAAAUACAAGGAUACCAAUAGCCAAGAUCCUGAAGAACUCUUGGUUUCGAAAGGGUUUCCACCACUCCAAACAGCUCGCACCACCAGAGACGGAAGAGAAUGAAGAACCGAGGCAAGCGGAAGAAGAAGUACCAUCAAAGCUCUGCAACUUGAAUGCAUUUGACAUAAUCUCCUAUUCUUCUGGGUUUGAUUUGUCUGGGCUGUUUGAGGAGAAGGAGAAGAAGAAAGACGUGAGAUUUACAGCAAACACGCCUGCAUCGACAAUCAUCUCUAAGCUUGAAGACGUUGCCAAAAGAUUGAAGCUGAAACUGAAGAAGAAGGAUGGAGGGUUGUUGAAAUUGGAAGGGGGCAAAGAAGGCAGGAAAGGAGUGCUUGGGAUUGAAGCAGAGAUCUUCGAGAUCACUCCUUGUUUCCAUUUGGUAGAGAUGAAGAAGUCCAGUGGCGACACAAUGGAGUAUCACAGGGUUGUGAAAAAAGAGAUUAGGCCGUCGCUUAAGGAUAUUGUGUGGACCUGGCAGGGAGAACAACAACUGCAACAGCCACAGGAGAAACCGCAGGAGGAGGAGGAGAUGAAGCCUCCUGCUUCAAGCAUGUUGCCGGAGAUCCCACCUCGGAGUUUGACGGAAGCAGAGCAAUCUGUUGUCUGAUGUACUGUUAAGCUUUGAAAGUGCAUGUAUUUUUCAUGUGUUCAUUGGUGAAUGGUAUUGACAUUCUUAUUUGUCCUCUUUACGGAAAACACAUAAUGAAUGGCAAUUAAGCUCGGCUGAAUUGAUAAUUCAAAUCUUAAGAAAUGAAUUGAAUCGAA